CAAUUGUAACAAGACCACAUUCCCUCCACCCACACCAACUCCCAACAAAACAAUGUCUCUCUCCAUACUCCCUUCUACCGGUGGCGCCACCACCCCAUUCGAGUAUCUCUCAUCACACCAUCACCACCGUCGCUUACCACCAACUUUCUCUCUCCUCCAUCUCCCCAACCACCACCGUCGCAAUAACUCCGUCGUAAAAGCCACAGUUUUCUCUCCUGAAGAUACUCUCACCAAAAAAACCUCUUCAUCAUCAUCGUCGUCUUCUUCGUCUGCUCUCUUGAAACUCGUCUCGCCUGAUUCUCUUCAGUAUGAGACCGGAUUUCUCGGCGCUGUUCCCGAUGUUUCGUCGCUUGAUUCGUCUGAAGCUGCCGUCGCUUCUGCUAUGGAAUAUUUGACGAAUAUUUUGGCGUCGAAAGUUUAUGAUAUUGCGUUUGAGUCGCCAUUGCAGUUGGCGGAGAAAUUAUCGGAGAGGUUAGAUACUAAUGUUUGGCUUAAACGAGAGGAUUUACAGCCGGUUUUCUCAUUUAAGUUGAGGGGUGCUUACAAUAUGAUGGUAAAGCUUCCAAAGGAGCAAUUGGAAAGAGGGGUUAUAUGCUCGUCAGCUGGAAAUCAUGCACAGGGGGUGGCUUUGUCUGCUAAGAAGCUGGGUUGUAAUGCUGUGAUUGUCAUGCCUGUGACUACGCCAGAAAUCAAGUGGAAGUCUGUGGAGAGACUGGGUGCCACUGUUGUUCUUGUGGGUGAUGCUUAUGAUGAGGCACAAGCAUAUGCUAAGAAAAGGGCUGAAGAGGAAGGGCGUACAUUUAUACCCCCAUUUGACCAUCCAGAUGUCAUUAUGGGGCAAGGUACAGUAGGCAUGGAGAUUGUGAGCCAAACCAUAGGCCGUCCAAUACAUGCGAUCUUUGUGCCUGUAGGAGGUGGUGGACUCAUAGCGGGUAUUGCUGCGUAUGUGAAGAGAGUUAAACCAGAGGUCAAGAUUAUAGGUGUUGAGCCAUCUGAUGCCAAUGCAAUGGCUCUGUCAUUACAUCAUGGACAAAGAAUUAUGCUAGAUAAAGUUGGAGGGUUCGCAGAUGGUGUUGCAGUUAAAGUAGUUGGGGAAGAAACUUUCCGCAUAUGCAAGGAAUUGAUAGACGGUGUAGUUCUUGUUAAUCGUGAUGCUAUUUGUGCAUCCAUAAAGAACAUGUUUGAAGAGAAGAGGAGUAUACUGGAACCAGCAGGGGCUCUUGCUCUCGCUGGUGCGGAAGCUUAUUGCAAAUAUUAUGGCAUAAAGAAUCAAAAUCUUGUUGUAAUCACCAGUGGGGCAAAUAUGAACUUUGAUAGAUUGAGAUUAGUCACUGAACUUGCGGAUGUCGGUCGGCAGCGGGAAGCAGUGCUUGCAACUUUUAUGCCCGAAGAACCUGGUAGCUUCAGAAUAUUUUCUGAGAUGGUAGGACCGAUGAAUAUUACAGAAUUUAAAUACAGAUACAACUCUGCAAAACAAGAGGCUUUAGUUCUCUACAGUGUUGGUCAUCAUACUGUUUCUGAACUUGAAGCAAUGAAGGAGCGUAUGGAAUCUUCUAAGCUUCGAACUAUUAACUUGACGAAUAAUGAUUUGGUUAAAGAUCAUUUACGGCAUUUGAUGGGAGGUCGUUCAGAUGUCGAAAAUGAACUUCUUUGUAGGUUUGUCUUCCCAGAAAGACCGGGAGCUUUAUUGAAAUUCUUGGAUGUGUUUAGUCCACGAUGGAAUAUUAGUUUGUUCCAUUACCGUGCACAGGGUGAAGCUGGUGCUAAUGUAUUAGUUGGAAUCCAAGUACCUUCAUCCGAGAUGGAUGAAUUUCGGGAGCGUGCCGAUAACCUUGGGUUCAUUUAUGCAAUAGAGAGCGGCAAUGAGGUCUAUGAUGUAUUGAUGCACUGACUAGUAGCAGCACUAAGUAGGAUAAAAUGAGAUCGUGUGUAAUAGUUAUAUGGCAUCUCGAAAGGAGUGAUGAUGCAAAGAGACCAGAAGUGCUUUACACAUCUUUGAUGGGGGAGCAAAGCAGAAUCCUUUUUGUAGCUCGAUUCCUUGCUUUACCCUGCCCUGCCUUUUGUUGCCGCUUCUCUUCUGUAAGUUAAUCCGUGUUAAGGGUGUGAACUACAAUCUGUCCAAUAAUUUGUUACACGUUCUUAAUUUGCCGAGA